AUGGUGAACAUCACAGAGAAGAUCAAGGAGAUUGAGGAUGAGAUGAAGAGGACGCAAAAGAAUAAGGCCACAGGUAUAAAGCUUGCUCGUCUCCGUGCUCAGCUGCUUGAGCCUGGCCCAGGCGCAGGUGGUGCCGCCGGAACUGGUUUCGACGUAUCAAAAGCUGGUGAUGCCCGUAUAGCACUCGUCGGCUUUCCAUCGGUCGGAAAGUCAACCUUCCUAUCUCGGGUGACCAAAACCAAGUCCGAGGCAGCGUCAUAUGCCUUCACUACCUUGACUGCUAUCCCCGGUGUACUCGAGUAUGGCGGUGCCGAGAUCCAGGUUCUCGAUCUCCCUGGUAUUAUCGAAGGUGCCGCCGAAGGCAAGGGCCGCGGACGUCAGGUCAUCAGCGCAGCAAAGACAAGUGAUCUCAUUCUCAUGAUUCUCGAUGCCACAAAGAAAGCCGAGCAGAGGGCAUUGCUCGAGGCCGAACUGCACGCAGUCGGUAUCCGACUGAACAAGGAACCACCCAACAUCUACCUCAAGCCCAAGAAAGCCGGCGGGAUGAAGAUCAACUUCCAAAGUCCUCCCAAGGGCGGCCUGGACGAGAAGCUCAUCUACCAGGUCCUCAAGGACUACAAGAUGCUCAACGCCGAAGUGCUGAUCCGCGACGAACACGCCACUAUCGACGACUUCAUCGACAUCAUCAUGAUCAACCACCGCAAGUAUAUCAAGUGCCUGUACGUGUACAACAAAAUCGACGCCAUCAGCCUGCCGCACCUGGACCAGCUGGCGCGCGAGCCGCACACGGUCAUCAUGUCGUGCGAGCUGGAUCUCGGGCUGCAGGAUGUCGUCGACCGGUGCUGGGAGGAGCUGCAGCUGAUGCGCAUCUACACGAAGAAGCGGGGCAUUGAUCCGGACUUCAGCGAGGCGCUGAUUGUGCGGCGCGGCAGCUCGAUUGAGGAUGUCUGCGACCAGAUUCACAGGACUAUCAAGGAGACGUUCAAGUAUGCGCUGGUCUGGGGCGCGAGCGCGAAGCAUAUGCCGCAGAGGGUGGGGCUGAGUCAUCUGGUUGCGGACGAGGACGUUGUUAGCAUUGUGGGGACGAAGAGUGGGACUCGCGAAUAG